AUGGGGAGGCCGACGGCGGACGGAGGCCGGUGCAAGAGGCACCCGAAGCACCGGCAGUCGGUCGGGGUUUGUCCCUUCUGCCUCAGGGAGAAGCUCUAUCAGCACCUCUCGACCUCUUCCUCCGCUGCUGCGGGUCUUUCUUCGUCGUGCUCUUCGUCGCUGUACUCGGACGAUGACGACGGCUCCGAUGACGUCUCUUCUUCGGCUUCCUCGCCGCCACGACUCCAUGAAAUGAAGCGGGCUAGGGUGGUUACUGGUCGGCUGACGAAGAGUCGGUCGUUGAUGUUCGCCGUCAGAGGCCGUCGUCGGAAGGAAGAGGAGGAGAAGAAGAAAGACAAGGAGUUGAAGGUGACGAAAGAGAGGUUUUGGAGUAAGCUAUUUGGUGCUUCGAGUAAGAAGAAGAAGAAACAGGAUCAAGGUGGUGGUAGUUUGCUGCAUUCUCUGACCUUCAAAGAAAAGCCUUCAGUAAAAUGGAUCUAA